CACCAAGCACUGGAAGACCAGCCAGCGAAAUCAUGGAGCCAGAGGAAUUAAAUUUUGGAUUUGGACUGUUUGAUGAGUUCGCAGAAGACGAACUGCAUCCAUUGCAAAUGGACGAAUGUGAAGAUGGAGCAGAUGUCGCACGAAAUAUAUAUCUGCCAAUAAUGGAUGGGACGGAACUUCAUCGAGCAAUUAAAAAAAAUAGUCGAUCACUGGUGGAUGCAUUGCUGGCAGCGUAUCAAGCGGAUUUCGAUAAAAUCAGAGAUUAUUUGGUGCUGAAGCACCAGUGGGAUGCACUUGAUAGAAUUUGGCUGAGGAAUGUUAACCUCAUAGCGAUUGACGAAGAGCAAUGUAGGAAUUGCAAACUGUUAGAGCAAGGGGCACCAAAAUCCAGUGAUUUGAAGGAGGCCAUAUUCGUUGUGCUAAUGAGCCCUAUUGCAGGUGAAGAAGUUGCCGUUCUUCAUCCAAAUGAAAACAAUCGUCUUGAAGUUUUCCGAUUAGUGCGAACACUUGUUCCAAAUGGCUUUCUUUCGUGGAACUAUUCAGAAUCGAACGGUUCCCACGACACGUUCAUCGAAACGGCAGCUUCUUGCGGGAGAAACUAUAUCAUAACCCGCUUGUUCGAACUAGGAGCAGAUCUCAACCUUUCAGAUCAUAACCCUCUGUUGCCAGCAUGCUCAUCUCUUAAAAAAGACACGAUCCGUUGGUUACUGACGAAACAUUUCGAUGACUUCGAUUGUACCCAGAGGAACCCCCAUCAAAUGAAUGCAUUUUUGAUUCUAAUGCAAAAGAACAAUUCGGAAAUGAUGGAUUUUGUGAUGAUGAAAAUGAUAAGCUACAGGCAAAAGUACUACAACGAAACGGAGACAGAGGCAUUCAACAACAUUUUCCGUAUUGAAAAUAAAGAUCUCAACAAUCUUUCGAGUUUGACGUAUCUGAGAAAGGGUUCGAUGCAGGAGAAAAUAGAAGCAUACAUCGUGAACUUCAAACUGGAUUUAUCCUACCAAUGGGAAAAUGUUAGCAUAUUGGUUUGCCUUUUGUGCAGGAAAAUGGCUUUGGAAUAUUGCCGGGAAGAGAUUCGAAGGAAUCCCAAUCUGUUGGGUAUAAAAAUUUACGGUGAAAUAACAGUGUUGCAUGAAUGCAUUCGUCUGGGAAUGCUUGAUAUUUUGAGUGAAAUGUAUGAACGGAAUCCGGAGGUGAAGCAGUAUUUUGAAACCGACAGAGGCUAUGGCUGUCUAGGUGAAGCACUUUACAAUAAACGCACAGAGUCAACUAUUUUUGUUCUGGAAAACCAUGCAGGAUUUUUCUUGAGCAAUUUAGACAAACUGAGAGAAGACGUGGUGCUGAGCAAAUGGCACAGUUCUGAUUUCUAUGAAACGCAUGGCGAUUUGUUGGCAACACAUUUUCCUGUGUUCGCAACGGACAUUACCGAGGGUAAAAAGAUAGAACCGAAACUCUAUCCUGGUCAUGAUCUUCAACUGGCAUUUCAAAAUUUGAACUUGCAAUUUGAUGAAUUUUCCAUCCAAGCAAAGGAUCCGUCGCAAUCGUUGAGCGUCAUUAAAGGCAUAAAUGACAUCACUCUUCUUCACUAUGCCGUCGAUAAAGACAAUGCAACACUGUUUGGCAAUCUACUUGAAGCCGGAUGUGACAUGGAUGUUAUCGAUAAUGAGGGAAAUCAUGCGAUUCAUUAUGUUCGAAGCAUUGAAAUGCUCAAUCUUAUCACUGAGAAGCACCCAGAAGGACGAUCUCUUGUGCAUCGGACCAACUUCGAAGGAUACUCCUUACUGCAUAAGGUUUUUUCGCUUGGAAUUGAUCAGAAGAACUUGAUUGUCCUUUUGGAAAAAGUUAUCGAAUUCGGCGCAAACGUCAAUCAGUUGACGAAUAAUGGUGAAUCUGUUGUCUUUUUUACUGGUAGCUGCUUAGUCCUAGACGUCCUGAGAAAGUACAACGUUAAUUUGGAAGUAGUCAACAAUGCAGGCGAAUCAGCUCUCGACCGCCAUCUGCGGUAUAAAAAUACCUGCAUGUCAACGGAACUACUGUCUCUCCUGCACAAGCGACCAUUUUUCAAGGAGCACGCUCACAAGUGCCUGGAUCCAUUUAUGUACUUGAACCGGGACUUUUUCAGUUGUGGGUAUCAACCCUUUCUGGAGAAAAACCCUGAAACGACUAAGCUCAUAUUUGACUCGGUCUACAAGAAGUCCCGAGAGGAAGCCUCUCGAUUGUUCUGCAAGGCUUGUAGCAGUGCACAUAUUUUUAUAACGGGCAGGUUUCUAGAAUUCGACUACGACCUGAACUACAACUAUCAGGAUGAGUAUGGCUACACGCCGAUCGUUGGUUUGUUCAGCUAUAUGGAAGAAUCAAACGCCCAUUUAGUACGACAGUUGCUCAAGAAGGGAGUUGAUUUGGAAAUUCGUAAUCAAGCGGGACGAAAUGCGCUGCUUACGCUGGCACAUAGAUUUAGGACAGCAAGGUGGUACGGCCAUAAUGUGGGUUCGGUUCAACUGCUACUGGACCAUGGAGCACGGAUCGAUAGCACUGAUGAAGAUGGAAACACUGCUUUGCACUAUGCAUUCAAGGAAUACGAAUGGGAAUUGGUGGAAUUGUUGGUGAAGAAUGGAGCGGAUCUUUCGGCAAAGAACAAGGACGGUAAAAUUCCGCUCCACAUGGCCGGCAGAAUGAACGAACAAUUGUUCAAGUUUAUGCACUGAGUUGGUUUAUGAUUAAAGUGUGUGAACAGGAUUGUGAAG